ACACACACACAGAGAGAGAGAGAGAGAGAGAGAGAAACGAACUUUUACAUUUAGACUCAGUAAACACAGGGUGGGGUUUGCUGUGUCCGCGUUACUCAUAGCGUCAUAUCUGCCAGUCACUACAGCAUUUCUCUGCGACACAUUCUGUGGUAUUUAUUCUCCUGUGUAAAGACGGCUUUUACCCAGUCAGCAUUAUCAUGGCAUCCCAGUUUGGAAUAAGUGAAGGAGAGAUGAAUGAGAUGAACAGCGUUCUGAACUCCCGCAUGGUCACUGAUGUUGUGGCACAAGUGGAAGGCAUGCUUGCACAGAUGAAAUCUGUGACUUUGAACAUUGCAGUUACAGGAGAGUCAGGUGCAGGCAAGUCUUCUUUCAUCAAUGCUUUCCGUGGGGUUUCUGAUGAUGAACCUGAAGCAGCAGAGACAGGUGUAACAGAAACCACUCAGCAGGCCUUAGCAUAUUCUCAUCCCACUGCUAGUAACGUCUUGCUGUGGGACCUGCCAGGGAUUGGGACUCCCACUUUUCAGGCUGGAACCUACCUGGAGGAUGUUGGCCUACUAAAAUAUGACUUCUUCAUCAUUGUCACAUCUGACCGGUUUCAAGAGUACCAUUCUGCACUGGCUAAAUAUAUAAUGCAAGCUCAAAAGAAGUUUUAUUUCAUUAGGAACAAAGUGGAUCGAGAUUUGGAGGCAAAUGCUAGGCGCAGGAGCCAGAGAGGUUUGUCAGAUGAUGAUGUCUUGGACCUCCUUCGUGUAAACUGUGAAAAGAAUCUGAGAAAUGGUCAGGUGGAACAACCACAGGUUUUCCUGCUCUCCUGCUUUCACCCACAGCACUAUGACUUCCCUGCACUCCAGAUGACCUUGCUAGAGGAGCUGGAGGGACACAAGAGACAUGCCCUGCUCUUGUCACUACCCAACCUCAGUGCAUCAUUAAUACAAAGCAAACGGAAGGCACUAGAUCAAGAUGUGUGGAAGAAAGCAGUCGUGGCAUGCUUGAGCAGUGUCACGAGGGGUGCCACCCCCAAUCCCAUUGUUCCCAAACUGAUGGAAACUUUAAAAUAUUAUCAGCAAACAUUCAGUCUUGAUGCAAAAUCUCUUCAUCGAUUAGCUAAUUUAACAGGCAUAUCAUUUGAGAAACUUCAGAGUGAGGUAACCUCCACCUUUGGCAGAGAGCUGUCAGCACAGGCAGUGGAAGACUUGCUAAGUCAGGUAGCUUCAGGACAUCAACUCCUGGCUAAUCAGCUGGAGAACAGAGUCCCAAUUCUGGGCUCUGUCAUUGCAGGAGGGAUUUCCUUUGUGGCGUCCUACUUCCUGCUGAAAUCUGCCUUAAAGGAUUUGAGUGAAGAUGGAGAAAGAGUGAUACAAAAAUCUUUUGAGUCUAAACACAGGGAUUAACAUGAAUACAUGGAUAACAUGGAUUAUUUUAUUGAAAAACACCAUUCUUUUGUCUAAAACGUCUGAAUACUGUUCUCUGAUGCCAAAUGACAUGAAAAUUAAAUCUCUGUUGGCCCUUACUGAAAUGCAUAGUUCUGCUGUUUAAGCGCAGUAUUGUUAGAAGCAUGAAAUUAGAUUUUUGCUUCAUAAUACUACCAUUCAACAUUCUCCUUAUCUAUCUCUUGUGGCUAUGCAGUAUAAUGGUAUGCAUUCAUAAAAAUGUUGCUUAACUGUUGCAAUCAAUAAAUAUUAAUUAAGGA